CGCGCUCACGCCCCGCACCAUGCGCCGCGGGAGAAGCCCCGCGCUCCGGGUCCCGCUGCUGCUGCUGCUGCUGCUGCUGCCCGCCCAGGUCCUCCUCGCGGAGCCCGGAGCGCCCGCGCCUGUGAACCCCUGCUGCUACUACCCCUGCCAGCACCAAGGCAUCUGUGUACGCAUGGGCGAGGACCGUUACCAGUGCGACUGCACCCGCACGGGCUUUUCAGGCCCCAACUGCACCAUUCCCGAGUUCUGGACCUGGCUGCGCGAUGCCCUGCGGCCCAGCCCUUCUUUCAUCCAUUUCCUGCUGACCCACGGGCGCUGGUUCUGGGACCUCGUCAAUGCCACCUUCAUCCAGGACAUGCUCAUGCGCCUGGUUCUCAUAGCACGUUCCAACCUUAUCCCCAGUCCCCCCACCUACAACUCAGCACAUGACUAUAUCAGCUGGGAAUCCUUCUCCAAUGUCACCUAUUAUACCCGCAUUCUCCCUUCUGUGCCCCGAGACUGCCCCACACCUAUGGGCACCAAAGGGAAGAAGCAGUUGCCAGACGCUCAGCUCCUGGGCCAACGUUUCCUGCUGAGGAGAAAGUUCAUACCGAACCCCCAAGGCACCAACCUCAUGUUUGCCUUCUUCGCCCAGCACUUUACCCACCAGUUCUUCAAGACUUCUGGCAAGAUGGGGCCUGGAUUCACCAAGGCCUUGGGGCAUGGGGUAGAUCUUGGCCAUAUCUACGGAGACAAUCUUGAACGUCAGUAUCAGCUGCGGCUCUUGAAAGAUGGAAAACUCAAGUAUCAGGUGCUGAAUGGAGAGAUGUACCCGCCAUCUGUGGAGGAGGUGCCAGUGCUCAUGCACUAUCCGCGGGGAGUUCCAGCUCGGGACCAGAUGGCCGUGGGCCAGGAGGUUUUCGGGCUCCUCCCGGGGCUCAUGAUGUAUGCCACCAUCUGGCUGCGCGAACACAACCGCGUGUGUGAGCUGCUGAAGGCGGAGCACCCCACCUGGGAUGAUGAGCAGCUCUUUCAGACCACCCGCCUCAUUCUCAUUGGGGAGACAAUCAAGAUAGUGAUCGAGGAGUACGUGCAGCAGCUGAGUGGCUACUUCCUGCAACUGAAGUUUGACCCAGAGCUGCUGUUCAACGCCCAGUUCCAGUACCGCAACCGCAUUGCCAUGGAGUUCAACCAGCUGUACCACUGGCACCCGCUCAUGCCCGACUCCUUUCAAGUGGGUGCCCAGGACUACAGUUACGAGCAGUUCCUGUUCAACACCUCCAUGCUGGUGGACUACGGAGUUGAGGCCCUUGUGGAUGCCUUCUCUCAUCAGAUCGCAGGCCGGAUCGGCGGGGGGCAGAACACAGACCACCAUGUCCUACAUGUGGCCAUUGAAGUCAUCAAGGAGUCCCGAGAGCUGAGGCUUCAGCCUUUCAAUGAGUACCGCAAGAGGUUCAAUCUGAAGCCCUACACCUCAUUCCAGGAGCUCACAGGGGAGAAGGCGAUGGCGGCUGAAUUGGAAAAACUAUACGGAGACAUUGAUGCCUUGGAAUUCUACCCGGGGUUGCUUCUGGAGAAGUGCCAUCCAAAUUCAAUUUUUGGGGAGAGUAUGAUAGAAAUGGGGGCUCCUUUUUCACUCAAGGGUCUCCUAGGGAAUCCCAUCUGUUCUCCAGAGUACUGGAAGCCGAGCACAUUUGGUGGCGAGAUGGGCUUCAACAUUGUCAAGACAGCCACCUUGAAGAAACUGGUCUGUCUCAACACCAAGACAUGUCCCUAUGUUUCUUUCCGUGUGCCUGAACCCUACCAGGAUGAGGGACCUGGCAGGGAGAACCCCUCCACAGAGCUCUGAGUGGCCAGUGCAGCAGUGCUCUGGAGGAAAGAGCUUCGUGCUGAUGAACUGAAAAGUCUUAAACAUUGGAUUCCUGGUUUGGCAAUGGAGAACAUCAAUGUCAACCUUUAGAACCUUGGCAUUAUUUGGAAGAUAGGGGUCAAUGUGUUAUUCUAGAAUGCUGAAUUCUUGAUGAGCCAUCCAGAAUACUAAGGGGAUGAUUUGUUCUUGGUAGGCCAGAACUCUGGGCCCCAUUCUGAUUACUUAGCACAUUGGAUUUCCAACUGAUCUGAGAUCUAGGCACUCUAGAAUGUGAGCUCCUGAGAGGAAGCCAGCAUCCUAGGAUCAUACGUAGCCCUCCAAACUGUGACUUUCUGAUCAAUACUUUCAAAUGCAUUGUCCUGACAGUUGAUCCAGAACCACAGCUGGUAUGUCAAGUUAGUCUUGAUUGGAAUGUCAGGAACGGUUUUAUUCAACUUUCUGUUCAGGAAAAUCUGUGCGUUAUCUGAAUCUGUGCCUGCCCUGAUGGGUCAAAAGAAGUGGGGGUAAUCUUGUGACCCCAGUUUAGGCACUUUUCUGAGGUUAUAGAAAGAAGAGGCCAGCCCUUUUCCCCUAAGACAUUCGUUGGAAGUCACCAGAGAUCUGAACUCAUCUUGAUCCUGACUCAUGAUAGCUGUUUCUGAUGAAAUGAAUAAAAUUCCUUUUCC